AUGGUAUUUGAUUUCAUCAACAAGAUGGGAAUCAAGUAUCGAUUUCCUAAUUCCAUCAAAUAUUGGGUCAAACAAGCUCAACAAGAGACUUAUGGGAAGGAAUAUGAACAUCUCCCAGAAAGGUUGAGUAAGUCUCUGGGUAUAUGGCUUGACUCAGACAACUAUAACAUCUUGAGAUGCGGCGGACGUCUGCUUCACGCAGAAAUAAAUUUAGAUACGAAGAAUCCUAUACUUCCACGUCACCACAUCAUUACUAAACUCAUAGUUUUAUAUUACCAUGAGCAUAAUACAUUGCAUGGUGGAGUAUUAGAUACUCUUACUGAAAUCAGACAACGUUUUUGGCUUCCCCAAGGUCGCCAAACUGUCAAAUCUUUAAUCAAGUCUUGUGUAAUCUGCAAGAGAUAUGAUGCUCGAGUGUGUCCUUAUGCAGGGCCACCGCCCCUACCUAAGGAGCGAGUCGUCCACCUUCGUCCCUUUGAAACCACAGGUGUCGAUUAUACAGGAGCACUAAUAUUAACAGGCACACCGGAAAAGAUUCCAGUGAAAGCCUACAUUUGCCUUUUUAUGUGUGCUACCACACGCGGAGUACAUUUAGAAGUCACUUCUGACAUGAGUGCAGAAGCCUUUCUGCAAGCCUUUCGCAGAUUUGCUGCACGAAGAUCUUGCCCAAAAUUAAUGAUCUCAGAUAAUGGAUCUAACUUCGUGGCAGGAGAAGCUUGCUUACAAGAAAUAUGGAAAAAUCCAGAAGUACACUCUGUGCUCAAACAGAGACAAUGCUAUUGGAAAUUUAUUCCUCCAAGAGCAACAUGGCACGACGGUUUUUACGAAAGAAUGGUGGGAACUGUUAAGAAAUGCCUAAGAAAAACCUUACACCGGCAGAAAAUUAAUCUCACCGAGUUAUAG